CGUGCAGGAGUGUGCUGCCAGCAAAGAGCUGUGACUCACGGCAAAUUACAAACUACAGAAAUAUUGACAUCAGUUUGGUCUGAUCGGGUCACUGUUACUCGGCAAGCACCUGUUGAACUGGGAGGAACGUAGCUAUUCUUUAGGUAGAUGUGGACCACCCAAAAGUCAAAGUUCUCAACAUUUUUACUUCUUAAAAUUGGAAGAUAAAGGGCAAAUUUAAUCCUCAGGGAAAUGUUUGAAUUCAACAGAGAAGUGACCGGUUGAAAAAGCUUUUUAAAAGGUUUUAAAUGUAGUUUAUAGAUUUAUCAGGACAUCCAGCAACAGUCCUCACCUGUUGCAUGGCCUGCCGCAGGCUCAGUCCGCCUGUAUAAUUUGGGAUGUCUAAUUGCUCUUUCAGGAUAUUUCAGAAGAGGAGUUCAGAGCACAGAGCUGUUCCGCACUCAGCCACUGUGUAAUUUUAUCCACGCCGCAGUCUCUCACUUCACACAGGGCUGAUACCUUUUGCCUCCCCCUUUCCUUUGUAUCAAUUGGUCGGAGUUCAGCCUAUUGUCGCCACAAGCUUCUUUUAUAUCUGCGCUCAGUCUGAGCACAGGCUCUCAGUCUGAUCCGCAGGAGGGAUUUCCAGCAGCAGUCAGAGGCGAGGAGCGGAUCCUACCUCCGGGGGCGGCUGUGCUGUCAGCGGUGUCUCGGAUGUGCGCGAGGCUGGAGCUCUCGAGCGUUGGGGCCCCGACACUUUAAUGGGACCCCGAGAGCCGGGCGGGAGUUCUCCUUUUUUUCGCCACAAUCGUCGCUCCACGGCCAUGCCACAAUGCUGAUGAUACCUCUGCUGGUGUUGCUGAGCCUGUUGGAUCCCGUUAGUCCCCGGGCUCGCUGCGCCCCGGGACAGGCUUGCGACCCCCGGCAGCGGAGGGACGCCGGGGGCCGCGGAGGAGUUUACGAGCACCUCGGAGGAGCGCCGAGACGCAGGAAACUCUACUGCGCUACUAAAUAUCAUUUACAAAUCCAUCCUAAUGGGAAAAUAGACGGAUCACUGGAGGAAAACAACCCGUUUAGCAUCAUGGAAAUCACAGCGGUGGAUGUGGGUGUCGUGGCCAUAAAAGGGCUUUUCUCUGGCAGAUAUCUGGCCAUGAACGAUAAAGGCCGGCUGUACGCCUCGGAAGUGUUCAACAAAGAGUGUGAGUUUGUGGAGCGGAUCCAUGAGUUGGGGUACAACACCUACGCGUCCCGCCACCACUCCACCGAGCAGCCGCUGCCACCAGGGGGAGGCAGCAGCAGCAAGCGGCGGGCCAGCGCCAAGCGCCAGUGGUACGUUUCCAUUAACGGCAAAGGCCGGCCACGACGAGGCUUUAAGACUCGCAGCACCGACAAAGCCUCGCUUUUCCUGCCUCGGGUGCUGGGCAACAAGGACCAUGAGAUGGUGAGGCGUCUGAGAGACAGUCAGAGCAUGCACCACCAUACGCAUCACCACGGGGGGCGAGGGGAUCGUCGCAGACGCCGGCAUCGCACCAGGAAAGGCCGGCGCCAACGGCAAGAUGACUGAGCAGACUUUUUGAGGGGGGAGCUGACCCCGUGGCCCAACCAAACAUGGACCCCUGAUCUCGGCACAUACUGUAGCUCGAUGGCAGUCGAGGAUGCGAAAAAUGAAUCUGGAUCCUGCGCUCUGGAUUAGCGGACGUUUUUGUCGUUGAUGCUCAGAGAGUAAAAAUCCAUAGAAGAAGUAAAGACAGAGGGCCACCCCACGUGUCGGGGCGCAUUUAUCAAAUCUUCCACUUUCAGGCGACUUUGUCUCUCAUACACACACACACACACACACAAGCUUCUAUUUACUGACGUUCUUCAAAAUGCUACUGUCGUGUAAACAAAUGUAUUAAUAUAGUUGAAAACUUCCAUCUUAAUUUGUAAAAAGUUUUGUACAAGAAAUCAUCUUCAACUUCACACAUCUUCUGAAAGCAGAUCUAUUGUUGUAAAUACAGUGUGCACUAUGCAUGUACAGCGACUUCUCAUUUGUCAAAAGCUGAAAUGACAAACAGUAUAUCAUACAAUAUUUUGCUAAUUUGAAGUGCUAACAAAUACGACGGAUAGUGAAGAGAGGACUUUUAAUCAGCAAAGCACUUUUUGUCAGAUUCACAUGAAGAGGGAAACUCAGUGUGAGACGGGCUCCGCUCUGUUUUUUUGUUACAAUGUGAUAGUCUACUGUCUGUAAGCUGAAAGAUGUUCUUUGUAUAUUUUUACUAAUGAUAUGAAUAUUUAUUUGGUGCCUGUGUUAUAAGUUAUUGAUAAUACUAUUUCUGCAUUUUACCAAUGUUGCUGUUUGUCUCAUAGUUCUCACUCACCAGCUGGUUCCAACAUAAAAACACGAUGGUACUGACCCCCGAGGAAACAACCGGCUCGUUUGUUCCAACUUUUCUUUGGUUUGUUCAAAGAUUUCACAGCCUGAGUUUGUCUUCGCAGGCCUUAAAUCGUAACAAAUGCAGCUUUGAAAUCAGCAAGAAAGACUGUGCUCUAAAGGUGACACAGAUUCUAAAUUCAAAAAUCUGUCUUUGUUUUUUAAAGUUCAGUUGAUUUCCCCUCAAGAUGAAGUCUCAAUUUCAGUUUUUGUUUCUCCUGUUCUUGUCGGUCGCGGCUCUUUGAAG